AGGGAAGAAAAAAAAAAACUAAAAAAAAUCGUACUGUAGAAGCCUCGAGCCCAGGAGAUCCAACAAGGGAAGAAGAGAAACUCCCCCUCCCUCCCUUCCUCCUCGUGUUCUUCCUUCAGUUCUCCCUUCCUGCCGCCCCGCUCCACCUCCACCUCCACCCGCGGCUCCCGGCCCGUCGCCACCUCCCGCCCGCAGCGCUCGGGCCGCGCUCCUCGAGGCUACGCUACCUACCUCGACGGGCCCCGCCCGCCACCUAUCGCUGUCGCAGCAGGACGAGCUCGCCGCCGCCGUGGACUAGAAGGAGAAGAAGGAGAGGUCGCUGUCGGUCGCCGCCCGCCCGCCCGCACCAUCCUGAUUCCUGGACCUGCGCCGCGUGGUUUCGCCUCAGGUUGUUGGAGUGGCUCGAUUUGUCAGGACAACUUGCAUAAUUGAAGCUUUCCUUUGUAUGAUGAUGAUGGGGGCAUGCCGUGGACCACAAGUGAGGGGGUUAGGGUUUGGUAUGCGGUAGUAGCUCCUGCUUGAGCAAAAGAAGCAAGUAUCGCUUAGCUUCUUUUGUCGCUUGUUACACGGAGGAUCUGAAUCCUGUCGGGUUGGUUUGGGUGGCGUCAGCUGUUCCGGGUGGGGGUAGUAUGAUGAAACAGAUAUUUGGGCGGCGCAAGUCCAAAACCGCAGACAAGGAAUUCACUGGCGGGAGGACGUUCAACCAGCUGUCGGGGUCUGGAGCUGCUAACCUGAGUGGCCAGCCGCCGUUUCUGUCGGGUACUGGGAACACCUAUGGGAGUGGAAACCGUACUGGGUUCCAAGACUCCAGGAUAAAUGAUACUAACUUCCGACCGUUGCCGAGCUUUAAGGAUGUGCCCAAUGCAGAGAAACAGAACCUGCUCAUCAAAAAGCUGAACAUGUGCUGCACUCUGUUUGACUUUAUGGAUGCCGCAAAGAACAUAAAGGAGAAGGAAAUCAAGACGCUAAUGUUGUUGGAGAUAGAUGAGUAUGUCAGGACUGCUACCGUGAAGUUCCCUGAGAUUGUUGUGGAGGCAAUCACAAAAAUGAUCUCAGUGAACUUGUUCAGGACACUAAUUUCCCCACCCAGGGAGAAGAAGGUGCUUCGAGCUUUUGAUCUAGAAGAGGAUGAACCAUUGAUGGACCCUGCAUGGCCACACUUGUACCAUGUGUAUGAGUUGCUCUUGACAUUUGUUCAGUCUCCAGAAAAUGAUGCUAAACUGGCUAAGAGAUAUAUUGACAAUUCCUUUAUUCUAAGGCUGCUUGAGCUCUUUGACUCCGAGGAUGCUAGGGAGAGGGAUCGCCUCAAGACUGUACUUCACCGUAUCUAUGGGAAGUUCAUGGUGUAUCGGCCAUUUAUCCGGAAAGCUAUCAAUAACAUAUUCUACCAGUUCAUAUAUGAAACAGAAAAACACAAUGGAAUUGCAGAGCUCUUGGAGAUUUUUGGAAGUAUCAUCAACGGGUUUGCUUUGCCACUCAAGGAAGAGCACAAACUGUUCCUUGUAAGGACCUUAAUCCCACUUCACAAGCCAAGGUGCACUACAGUGUACCAUCGACAGUUGUCUUACUGCAUUACACAGUUUGUUGAGAAAGAUUGCAAGCUUGCGGAUACUGUUAUUAGGGGCCUCAUAAAAUAUUGGCCAAUCACCAACAGCACAAAGGAGGUACUGUUCUUGGGUGAGUUGGAAGAGAUACUAGAUGCAACACAGCCUGCUGAAUUUCAAAAAUGUAUGGUUCCUCUUUCUCACCAAAUUGCUCGCUGCUUGAACAGCUCUCACUUCCAGGUUGCUGAGAGAGUAUUGUUUUUCUGGAACAAUUCUCACUUUGAGAAUUUCGUUAAGCAAAACAGUAAGGUGAUCCUGCCUAUCAUCUUCCCUGCAUUGGAGAAAAAUAUAAAUGGGCACUGGAAUCAAGUCGUGCAAAGUCUCAGUCUGAAUGUCCGAAAGAUAUUCUCCGAUCGCGACCCUCAAUUGUUUACUGAAUGCUUGAGGAAAUAUGAGGAGGACAAAGACAGAGAGAAGGAAUUCAAACUGAAGCAAGAGUUGGCAUGGAAACGUCUAGAUGAGAUUGCAUCAGCAAAAAUCACAAGUGGUGAGGCUGUCCUCGUGUCUCCAACCUUGCCUCGUCAACCUUCAGUCUUGUAGGAACCUGCACUACAUGAGUGGUCCUUGCAGAGUCGUUAGACAUUGUACAGGAUUGGGUUGUAGAUAAAAAGGGGGUAUAUGAAGCCACCAAGGCUGGUGUGCGAAACUGAGGAAAGAGAUAUGAGAGGCCAAUUGUGCAUCAUUUCUGUAAAUCCCAUGCCAUGGCUUCUUUUGGCAUCCUGGUGGUUCACUUUGCUGCUGUAGUCCGUUGUUUGGGAGAUUGGAUGUUUUUUUUUCUUCUUAUAAUAGAAAAUGUCGAGAUGGCGUGCAGUCAGCUUAAAUGAUAAAAGUUAUAAGUUUUUCCUUUCGUAUAUAGUUUUGAUUCAAAUUUGUCA